GAAACUUGAAAUUGUGAAGUUGUGACGGUUUCAAGAUAGUAAAUAUGAUGCUUGUUUGAAUUUUUCGGAUUAUUUAAGCUUAUUCUGACUGUUAUUUGAAUUUAUUUCUACAACCAACCGUUACAAAUCUAUGGAGGUUAAAUUGUCUUUACAUUAAAGUGAAAUAUAUAUAGUCCAGGAUAUCGAAAUUCAGAUUAAUGUGCCGCUACGAUAACCUAAAAGAUAUUAUUUUCACACUAUUUCUAAUACAUCAUUGAUAAUAAUAUAUAACCAUGUUUGGAGGAAAUAACCCUAACAAGGAUCUGGAGGUCGCUUCGCCACCGGAUGAUACAGUGUCUGCAUUAGAGUUCUCGCCUCCUUCUGUGCCACAAACAUUCCUAGCCGCCGGCAGUUGGGACUGCCAGGUGAGAUGUUGGGAGGUGGAGCAGUCAGGCAAAACAGUCCCCAAGGCUGCUCAGAGUAUGACCGGACCUAUAUUGGAUAUUGCUUGGCAUGAUGAUGGCUCUAAAAUAUUCAUGGCAUCAACAGACAAGAGUGUGAAGUGCUGGGACCUAGCAUCCAAUGCUGCUGUCCAGGUAGCAGCUCACGACGCGCCGGUGAAGACAUGCCACUGGAUCAAGGCGCCGAGCUACACCUGCCUCAUGACAGCUUCUUGGGAUAAGACACUUAAGUUUUGGGACACGCGCAGUUCAGUUCCAAUCAUGACAAUCAAUUUAUCAGAGCGCUGCUAUUGUGCAGAUGUGGACUACCCGAUGGCGGCGGUGGGUCUGGCGGACCGCGGCAUCUGCCUGUACUCGCUGGAGGGCAAGCCGGCCGAGGUGAAGCGCGUGGAGUCGCCGCUCAAGUACCAGCACCGCUGCCUCGCCAUCUUCCGCGACAAGAAGAGCAAGGCGCCGGCCGGCUUCGCGCUCGGCUCCGUCGAGGGCCGCGUGGCCAUCCAGUACGUCAACCCCGCCAACCCCAAGGACAACUUCACCUUCAAGUGCCACCGUUCCGCCGGCACCACGGGCGGCUACCAGGACAUAUACGCGGUCAACGACAUCGCGUUCCACCCGGUGCACGGCACGCUGGCCACGGUGGGGUCGGACGGCUCGUUCUCGUUCUGGGACAAGGACGCGCGCACCAAGCUCAAGUCCUUUGAGAUGUUGGAGCAGCCGCUCACCAAGUGCGCCUUCAACCACACCGGACAGAUUUUCGCCUACGCCAUGGGCUAUGACUGGUCCAAGGGCCAUGAGCAUUACAAUCCAGCCAAGAAAAAUUUCAUCUACCUGCGACCAUGCUUCGAGGACCUCAAACCACGCUCCACCUGAACCAACUUUGUGUACUAUGUGCCCUAAACAGACUGAAGUGGAACUGUGCUGGUGUUCGAACUUAUCAUUGAAUGUCAAAGAAACCCGAAAGCAUGUGUUAAUAAGUCUAAUUUUUCCUUAGGGUUAAGGCUAAAUGUGAUAGAUUGGUACGGACUGAUCAUCAGUGUCAGUGAACAUCUGAAAACCUCUGUCUUAUACUGUUUUGUAUAAACUGUCAUAUUUAGGUCAUAAAGUUAAUUUUGUGGUAAAAUGAAGAAUUUUAUUCCA